AUGGGACGUGAUCGCGUCGAUAUGGUGGAGCAUCACUCCUACGAUCAAGACGGAGGGAUGCAACGCAUGGAUGGUCAAGUGAGCAAGGACAACACACAUGCAAAGGAGAAAACCAGGACCAAGAAUGCGGGAUCUUCAGGCGGAGAGCAGCAAGCGGCUAAGGGAAAGAAAAUUAAUGGCAAUGGUGUAAAGGGCGGACGCUCAACUCUCAUGUGCUGGUUUUGCAAGACACUGGGGCAUCCGUUCUACAAGUGUCACACGGCACCACCAGGAUGGUCACCACCAGGGUGGGAACAACAAAACAGAAGGAGGACCAACCGACGUACCAGCAACAGCCGUUCGAUCUCUCCUCGAAAUGAUGACAGCCCUAAACGUGACAACAAUGGUAUAAAGCAGCAAUGGGCAGCAGGGAGAUAUAGCAAACGGACGGUUACAUGUAUUGCAACGGUUCGAUCGUCACAAACGACCUCACCAAGUGCUGAAGGUUCUCUGUGGUUGCUGGACAGCGGAUGCAGCCAGCACAUGACUUCGGACAAAAGGUGGUUCGAAGAUUUGAAGGAGUUGGACAAGCCUGUGCAAGUGGAGCUUGCUGAUGGGAGCACUCUGAACAGCUCAAUGGUGGGCACGAUCAGAAUGACAGCACCCGAUGGGACAACGGUUCGAUACACGGAAGUGCUCUACGUACCCGGUUUGAAGAGCAAUCUCCUUUCCUUCUGUCAACUGCUGAAAAAGAAAGCUCGAAUCAACACAAAUGCUGAUGGCGACACGGAGAUCACCAUGCUUGUUGGAGAUGAGCAUAUACAAAUUGGACUUGGCAAGGACGUGCAUGGAGUGCUCAUGGUGGACUAUGAGCCAGCACUUGCUCCUGCCCAUGAAUCUGGACAUACUCAUGAGGAUGCACCAUCGAAUGCGCAUGGUCAUGGAGGAUUGAACGGUCAAUCUGCUCCUGCAUCCGUCGCCUACCGUAUUGCGCACAUGGCUCGUGUCGUGAAGGACAUGGCACGUAAUGGUGACAAGGACACUCACUCACCGCGCACGUUUAAUGCUAUGCUAGCGGACGCUGAGACGUUGCUUGGACACCAGCAGCACACAAAUGAAGACUCACCCCACGUUGCGGUGUGGACUUCAGGGGGAGAAGGAAAACAGUCCGCGGUGGGUAAAGGGGACUCCACGGACCAAGACUUACAUGGAGCUGAUGAAGACAAUGCAACCGAAGGCAACGGAGGUGCUGCAGCAAAUGAGUUACCUGCAGCAGAUGUCACUGUAUCAGAGGAAGUUGAAGAUGAUGAUACUGGAAGCAAGGUGGGAUAUGCAAUUACGGGUGUGCGCAUGGCUGACUUGACAUACAAGGAAACAAAGUUCGUGGUCACGGAUCAGCCCACACUCGCCAAAGACGGACAUGACAUCACCUGCAGCCGCAUGUGCGGCCUCCAACCGAUUCCCCAUGGAUCAACUUCUGCACAUGGUCAGCAAGUCAAUGGUGCUGGUGCAACACUCACAUGUGCGGACUUCUCGCGAUGUGCUGGACAGCAACGCGUUACGCAAAUCCUUGCACCUCACUCGUGUGUUUGCAACCAUGUGCAAGCUCGCAUACACACGAGUGAGAGGGGGAGUGGGGUGUGGGAGCGUCAAGCGCUGGGUUGGGAGGCAUAA